AAUUUGUCAUUUCGAGCAAAUUUCAGGCGGUGUGCGUAGCUUUUGGUGUAAUUAAUAAAUUGUUUUUGAAAGAACAACAAUGAAUUUUAAUCCGGUAAAUGUCCCCAUUAGCGACUGCGUCCCCGUUAGUGACCAUUUAUUAAUGAUAACUAGAGAGACAUGUUGGUAAAAAUAUUAAAAUGUUACAGCUCAGAUUUUUACGCGAUUAUAAAGUUUGAUGAAGAACAAUUUGAUAAAAGAAUAUAAGCAUAAGAAGUACUAUAGUGAACAGAAAAAUAAACAGUUAUUGGGUGUUGAGGAUGGUCGACAUUAACUCAUGCAACUGUCGUAUGAUAGUAAUCGAGAACCGUGAGGCGUUCACUAUAUUACCAGUUAUAAAGGAACACGUUAAUAUCGCCAGUGAAAUUCACACGGUCUGUUUCAGUAGUUACAUAGGAGUCAAUGCAAAAGUCUAUGUACCUAAGAGUGUUAAUCACGAUAAAGCGUUCGUAGACAAGUAUAAUUUACUUUGAAUUUCAAUUAGAUUACUGCGAAAUUUCGAUGAAACUUUAACUAAAUGAAAUUGAAUAAUUGUUAGCCAGCGAGGGUACGCAUACUCAAAAAAUGGAAUCAUGGUACCCUGCAAAAGACUGGUUCAGAGGAAGAGGUCGUUUUCGCAACAUUGAAUUAAUGCUUCGAAUGUGCGAAUUUCUAUGGCAACAAUUUUUCGCCGAAAUGACAUUGACCCAUUGGCACUUUUAAUGAAUGCGAACCAAGGACACUAUGUGCUUUACUAAUUAAGGAACUACCGUCCCCAUGCUUGGCAGUGGCUUUCCUGGGACCACUUUAGAGCCUCUCGAAGAUGGGUUCUCGAAGGAGCGGAUCAGGAGGGAGUCGGGCGAACGCUGGUGUCCUGAAGGAACGGGCCAACAUGUCUUUUAUGCUUGUGGUCAUGUUCUUCGCCGUGUUCGGCUUGAUCGUCCUUACGGAAAUAUUCCUGAUCGACGAGAGGCGUGGUGUGGGUGUAGGUGGCACAGGGGCUCUAGGAGGUCACAGAAGCGGACAUCGAUUGCCUGCUGCACCCGAUCGUCCAGAUUAUGGAGAAAUCGGAGCUGAAGAUUACAUCGGACUGAAGGGUAGCUUCGAUGAUCAUAUCGGAUUAUUGGUGCGUGGGGAAGAUGGAGGGCAGAAGACCGCGAUACAACCAGAUCCCAGAGGUUUACCGAGUUUACCACCGAACCUCGAAGCUCGUCUGCCACAGCUUGAUCAAAGCUUGAGGAUCACGCACGCCGAAUGGCUACCAGUCACGAAAACCAGAUUCAAAUUCUUUGUAUACUCGGCGUACUUUGACGACAGAGUCGGUGGUACAGGCACACCGAUAGGUAAAAAUCAGGGUAUGGUACGCAUAAUAAGCGCAACGAAGACAAGAGGACCAGAACGUGUUUGGUGCAGACUAUGGUAUCGAACGGAAAAUGGAGAGAACGUUACUGCUUCUGUAACGGUAGCUGCUAAAGUGAAGGUAAUCAGGGAAAAUUGGAACUUGAAGUACAGCGCCUGCUUCGUGAUUUGCCCGUUGCCCAAAGAGUCGCCCACGGUUGACAAAGUACCGGAAACAGUAAGUGUCGUGGCCAGGCUUAAAGCUGCUCCAACCAAUCGCAUACUCGUCCAGAAUCGACCAGAAAGUAGAACCAAGGAUAAAGAACUGUUGGCUGUUUGCGUGAAACCUCUGCACUAUGAUUAUAACAGAGUGCUUCAGUUGGUAGAGUUUAUCGAGCUACACAGACUACUAGGUGCCUCCCACGUAACUCUGUACAAUGACACGGUCGGACCCGAAGCCGGAUGUGCGCUCAAAUACUACGAAAGCAAAGGUAUCGUAACCGUGUUGCCAUGGCAUCAUUUGGACAUGAUUUCCCAACGAGAGAUCCGCACAGAAGGACUGUUUGCUGCCCUGAACGAUUGCCUUUAUCGAUCUAUGUACAAAUACGAGUACGUGGCAUUGGUAGAUCUCGACGAAUUUAUUAUACCCAGGCACAACGACACAAUCAUUGGUCUCAUAAAGUGGAUGAGCAGUCACAUAAAUACUAAAUCCACCGGUGCAUACUCUUUCCAAAAUGCCUUCUUCUAUCUUCAAUGGGCAGACGAUCCAUUCGUGACUGCAAGUCGGACACCUGUCGAGGCAGGUUUGAUCACUUUGAGGAAAACGAGGCGCAGGACUAAGCUGCAUCCGCACAAACAGCGCUCGAAAUACGUUUGCAAGCCUCAGGAUGUCGUCGAGGCUGGUAAUCACUUCGUCUGGGAGUUUAUUCCCGGUCACGGAACAUUGAACGUGCCUUCGGACGCUGCGAUUUUACACCAUUAUCGGGUUUGCGAGUUUGGCGGUGACGACUGCAUAAAGACUCAGUCGGUAGUCGAUAGGACGGCCUAUAAAUACAGAGAUAGGUUAGCGGAAAAUGUCGGUAAAACAUGGAUGGAUCUGAGCAGCGAGUGUUUGUUACCAAAGUUAGAACCAAUACCGGUGAUGACACCGCGGAUAAAAGCGAAUCCCGUUUUGAAGUCGAUCAGGUAGCGAAAAACCGUCGUCGAUAUUCUAUGGGAUAUUGGUAAUUUCACUGGUACGCCGAAAGUGGCGAGAACCUACUUUUACAACUAUGGCGGUCCAUAGUUUCUUCAUGGAUGUUCCGUUAGGCGAGAAAUUGCCCUCGUGCUAUGGAAUUUAUGGUGUGACAUACCUGUUUUUCCAAGCCUAAUCUCGUUUUGAAAAUACGCAGACUGGUGCCUGGCGACUCUAGAGGGCUGCUCAUCGAAAUGCUGACGAAUACUAUUUUUCUACGUGAGAUGGACUCGUGACCGGCCAGGAAAGUAUGGAAAGGACUUUCCAGAUCGAUCCUGCAUCUCUUUCGCCAGGCAUGGCCAAGUGAUGACUCGUGGGACACAUUUGGAUAUUCUACUUUUUCACUAUGUUAAACAAUUUAAAAACAAUUCUUGUUGUACCUACUUGUCUCAUGUUUUUAGUUUAAAGACUUUAUCUCUGAAAUGUCAUUUUCAAGUUCUAAGAGUAAUUUGCUGUGCGAUAUCAAAAAGUGUCUGACAAUAUUUUUACUUCACUUUAGCGCACCUCAUACAUCUCAUUUUGAAAAUUUCGAUAUUGUUUUGUUAAUUAUUUUUUAAUUUUUUAACUAAUCACUUUUAA